AUGUCUGCUGUUACUACCGGUCUGGCACUGGAAUCGACCACCGUGUCGAGAUCCAAAAACAUCGGCUCCCUGAGCCAGGUCUCAGAGCAGAAGACGGCCAUCAACACCUAUGGAGACGUCUUCAAAGUGCCGGAUUACACUUUCAAGCAGGUCCUGGAUGCCAUCCCAAAACACUGCUUCAAAAAAUCGUUGCCGUACUCGCUCCAUUUCGUCGCCAGAGACAUCCUGGCCAUGGCCGUGAUCGGCUGGGUGGGCACCACGUACAUCCCGCUUGUGCAGUCGCAAGCCCUCAGGUUCGUGCUGUACAGUCUCCAGUCGUUUGGGAUUGGUCUGUUUGGGUUUGGCCUGUGGAUUCUGGCGCACGAGUGCGGCCACGGUGCCUUCAGCAACUAUCCUCGGGUCAACGACCUUGUCGGCUGGGUGUUGCACUCCUACUGCGGCGUGCCGUACUUCUCGUGGAAGUUUUCCCAUGCCAAACACCACCAGCACACGGGUAACUUGCAAAAGGACACGGUCUUCAUCCCGUGGAAAAAGGCCGAGCUGCUCGAGCAAUCUGAGCACGACGACAUCUAUGAGAUUGUCCACGACACCCCUAUCUACUCGAUCUUCAAACUCAUCGGCCAGCAACUCGGCGGUUUGCAGCUCUAUCUUGCAACAAAUGCCACGGGCCAGCCACACCCAGGAUGGUCGAAACUGGGCAAGAGCCAUUACAACCCCAACUCUCCCGUUUUCGAUCCAGAACACUACUGGUACAUACUGCUUUCCGAUCUCGGCUUGGGCCUAGUAGCCACUGGUGUCUACUUCUGGUACAAGCAGUUUGGUUUGCUCAACAUGGCGGUCAACUGGUUUGUCCCAUGGCUCUGGGUGAACCACUGGCUGGUGUUUGUGACGUUCCUCCAGCACACAGACCCUACCCUUCCCCAUUACGACGAUUCAGAGUGGAACUUUGCCAAGGGAGCGGCUGCCACCAUCGAUAGAGAGUUUGGAUUCAUAGGACAGCACAUUUUCCACGACAUCAUCGAAACUCACGUUCUCCACCACUACGUUUCCCGUGUUCCGUUCUACCACGCGAGAGAUGCCACCGACGCCAUCAAAAAGGUGCUCGGCCAGCAUUAUAGACACUCUGACGAGAACAUGCUGAAAUCUUUGUGGAAAUGUUUGAGAUCGUGCCAAUUCAUUGAUGGUAACAACGGAGUUUACAUGUAUAGAAACACCAACGGCAUUGGUGUCGGUGCAUAG